AUGUUUCAUAUCAGAAGGGUAGGUUUGUGUAUCAAUGCUUGGCGAUUUAGCAACCCUGUUUGGGCAGCACUUCGCCGAACAAAGGUGAGAUUGUCUCCUAGUGUGCAACCUCCUAUGAAUAGUUGUGUAUUUCAGUUUGUGGUUCCCUUUCUAAUAACACUUAGCCAAGAUCCGGUCUGGGGUGUUCGGAAAGCGUGUUGUGAAGUAUUCGUUGAAGUUGCCGCAGCAUGCUCACCACGUUUCAAAGAAACACAGCUAGCACCUCGUUUCAUCAAGCUUCUUAGUGACAGUUCUCGAUGGGUUUGUUGCGCUGCAUUUGAGCAGCUUGGACCAUUCAUUGCAACCUUCGCAGAUUCAGCACGCACUGGAUUGGAGAUACGUGAUGGUCGAUUGGCAUAUACUGCUGAAUCAUCAUCGUCUUGCUCAUCGCUGCAUCAUCUACCAACUUCAUUCUCAUCGCAAGACAUUGGUUCGCCUUCAUCUACAAAUGAUGGAACUAGUGCACCGACAGCAAAAACCAGACUUUUCUACGAUGAUCAUAAUGGCGCACAUAAUUCAUCGGAAGCAUCAACUUGCAAUGUCAUAAUCGACAGUGACGACAACAGUAACGAUAAUGCACCGGCUGCAUCUUCAGUUCAUAAUAAUACAACAUCUGAUAAUGAUACUGAGGAUGAAUAUCAGUUCUACAAACUGCCCAAAGAUGUUUGUUUACCGGUUUCCAAGGAAGACUUUAAUUAUGAGGUUGAUGAAAUUGAUGAGGUUGGCCGUCAAUGUGAACAACCACAUCAGUCGUCACAGAUCCUGUCUGGCGAUGAACAUUUGCUAAAAGAAUUUUAUGGACUGUUGGAUAGUUGGACGUUAGAUCAAAAAGGCGAUGUACGAGGAGGAGCGAUGUCCUCGUCAAUGAUUGGCGCGUUAAGUGCGGCAGCAGCUUGUUCGACCGAGGACGAUCUUUCAAAGUUGGAAUUUGGGGAGGACGCAGAUGAUGAUGAAGCAUAUUUAUAUGAUGAUAAAGAAGGAAACAACAAUGUGGAGGUGCUGGGGGAGAAUGGUUUCAAUCAUCAUGACAGUAGCAGUGAUUCUACAGAGGCUUAUGGUGGUGUUGAAUCGGUCGCAACAACUGCAGAUGACGACUUCAGUGAAUUGAAAUAUUGGUCAAGUAAUUUUGUGAACAUCGAUUUGCGGUCGUAUGGUCAUAAGUCGAACUCAAAAAGUGUAGAAGCCACAAACUUAUCGAACGCCUACAUGGAACGUCGAAUGAAUAUGUUCGUUGAUGAUGCUGUUGUUGGCGACUCCAUUCAAAUGAAGGCAGCCACUCCUAAUAAUUGUCAACAGGAACAAAAUCGAGUUGAAGGACAGUGGAGUAUGUCGAAUGAAAUGAAUGGGAAAAACGAGAGGGCAAAUUUGUGUACGUCGAUUGCAAGCGGUAACAAUAAGUCAUUAUCGACUACUAAGAGUAGAGCGAUUCCGCUUCCGAGUAAUGAGGAUGGAUAUGCAUGUGUCGAAUUCGAUGGUAGUGUGAUGAAAGAAGUGAAGCGCCACUCUCGUGCUGAAUGGUCGUCAGCAAGCGCGGCAACAGUGACGCGAUUAACAGCCGCAAUUAGCUCAGCAUCUUCGACUGGUUACAACAGCGAGAAUAGUGCACCGAUUUAUAUGCAUGCGCAUUGCAACUCUAAUCAGAAUGAUAACUGUAAUGGGCUAUCGAAAUCUCCUGUCGUUAAUGGUGAAUACAAUAUCGCUAGUAAUGGUGAUGUUGCCGCAGUAGAUUCUACUUCGUCCACUCCAAAUGAGCAUUCAGAACAAAUUGUUCCAAAAGAGUUGCUGGACAGUUACGUGAAUCGAAUAUCAGGAUGUGCUAACAAUGAACCAGAUAUAAAUCGUCACUGUGCGCAUAAUUUUCCAGCUGUCGCGUUCACGUUGGGACGUCGCAAUUGGCCUCAAUUACUGGAAACCUACAAUCUUUUGGCUGCUGAUUUACAGGUGGAGGAAAAUGAAUUUUGCGUUUUUGAAUUAUCGUGGCGUGUGCGCCAGUCUUUAGCAUCAUCAAUGCAUGAAGUUGCCGCAAUAAUUGGCGAAGAGAACGCAGAUGCUCAUUUGGUACCUGUUUUUGAGCAAUUUAUGAAGGAUGUUGAGGAUGUGCGAUUGGGCUUGCUGAAACACCUCUAUGACUUUUUUAAACUGGUAACACCUGCAACAAGGAAGAAGUUGUUGACUGUUCUGGCGAGUUUUUUGCAUUCGGAUCGUGAGAAUGAACGUAAUUGGCGCUCGAGGCAUGAAUAUACGAGGCAGUGCGCUUUGUUGUGCGAUCUGUAUGAUGUGGAGGAUGUGAACGAGUACAUUGCUGCGAUUGCAUUGACGCUAGCAACUGAUCGUGUAGCAGAUGUGCGUAGUGAAGCAGCGUUUUUGCUGGCAAAGGUUUUGGCCAAAUUUGUAAAGCACGAGUGGAAUGACGAUGCAAAUUUAACAUCAUCAGCCAAUAUUGAAGCAUCAAGAAUUCCCGUAACUGCAUCGUUCGUUAAUGAUAUCAUUAAAGGAUUCGCAUAUUCAAAAAGUUGGCGUCGCAGACAAACUUUUGCAAUAUUCUGCGAAAAAACCCUUGAAUUGGGUCAGUUGAAUUACGAGCAGUUCAGACUUUUGCUUCUCCGAGAUCUUCUUCGUCUCGGAAAUGAUGUGGUGCCAAACAUUCGACUAGCGUUUGCACGUACUAUGUGUCGAUGCACAGCCACGGCCACUGAAGCGGCCUCUAUCGAAGCUCGUGAUGAUGUAGUGAAGGUGUUGAAGGAGAUGAUGAAUGAUUUUGAUGCGGACUGCAGACGUAUGGCUCGUAGAGCACUGCUGUUACCUGAUUCGGAAAAUUUCAUACAGGUUUUGUUGUGUUCAAUUCGAUUUAGACUUAUCAUCAAAAUGCAGGUGAAAGGUCGUGAAAUCAUCGAUUCGUCAGCUGGACCAGUAACACAAGCAACUCUGAUUAUUGACGACAAUGCGAUGACGAUGAAUGAUAAAUUUGUUAUCGAACAAUUAGAGGGUGCUCAGGGAAGGGCUGCAGUUGGAUGUGAAUGUGGCAGUGAAUCUAACUCACAAUUGAUGCAACAUCAGCCAGCGUCAAUAUAUAUAUUAGAAGAUGAAACAGUCAAUAAUAGUUCUUCUCCUUAA